GGGCGCGUGCGCCACCGAGCGGCCAUUUUUAAAGUUCCGCGAACCCUUUCCAUUGUGUGAUGUCACUAGUAGUAUUUUGCAGCGGUUGAACAAUUAUAUUCGCCAAUCGAUAGAGAAAACGUUGGCCAGCCGGAUUAUUGUUUUCGUCGGGCAGCGGGCGGCGGAUUUUUGUUGCGAGAAAUAAUUCGGCCGCCGACGCUUGAAAGGAAUGCAGCCGGACGUCGCGUAGACGCGCGGCCCCCGCGAACGCCUCCGUCUGACGAAGAAGCAGAAGAAGCGGACAAAAUGAGCAGCUACGGCAGGUCGGGCCUGUUGGAGACGUUUGUGCGCAACCAGUGGUACCGAGUGUUUGUCUCUCUAGAGGAGGACCACCUUAGCAUCAGCUUGGACGAGACCUGCGAGAAUGGUAACCUGAACGGCGGUCUGGACAAUGGUGUGCUCGAAGGCUAUUCGGACGUGCCAGAGUCGAUAGCAAACCAGAAGCGCAUUGUUUGUGUCGUCAAGUCGGACAACAAUGGCCUCGGCAUCUCCAUCAAGGGUGGCCGCGAGAACAAAAUGCCCAUCCUCAUUUCCAAGAUCUUCAAGGGCAUGGCGGCUGACCUGACUGAGCAGCUCUACGUCGGCGAUGCCAUUCUGUCAGUAAACGGGGAGGAUCUGCGAGAGGCCACGCACGACGAGGCCGUCAAGGCCCUUAAAAGAGCCGGCAAGGUCGUUGAACUUGAAGUUGUGCCGUCCUUCUAUGUUACAGUGAAAUAUUUAAGAGAAGUGACGCCUUAUUUUAGAAAAGCCUCCAUAAUUAGUGAAGUAGGCUGGGAGCUGCAGAAGGCGUUUCUCUCGCAACGGCCGCCAAGUCCGAGACAGAGCGCGCCCAGGGCUGACACGCGCUACAUCCCCCUGCAACUGUGCUACCUUACCAGAAACUUCAGACACCAAGACCCUGAAAACCGCUCGUUUGAACUGCACUCCCCUGAUGGUAUCCAUAACUGUGUUCUUCGCGCGCCCGACCCUUCUGAAGCAGCCGCCUGGUUCAAUACCCUUCACUCGGCACUUUCUACUCUUACGGCUAUGGCUAUGAACCAAGCCAACCAAGUCAUUGCCCCGCUCAGAAUUAGUGAUCCUGCCCUUCCUGGUGAACUUCAGCAAAUUGGAUGGCUGGCCAGAAAGAGCGAGUUCCUAAUUGACACUUUUCAAAAACAGCAACACAAUGAAGACACAGGAGAGCGGUGGCAGUCUGUGUUCGCAGCUGUCACCGAUUCGCAACUCAGGCUUUACGGCGCUGCGCCUUGGAGCAUGGAAUCAUGGGCCACGCCUUUUGAUUGUUGUUCUUUGUUGGCAACCAGAUUGGUUGGAUCGCAAAGCAGAAGAGGCAGCUCUGUCCUGCCAAUGUCUGCUGAGCUCAUUACGUUCAGCAUUAGAUGCGGAACUUCAGAGGGGAUCAUCUCACAUUACCUGAGGACAGAAACACAUAGAGAUCUGGCAAAUUGGGCAAGGGCCCUGGUUCAGGGCGCUCAUGACGCCGUUCAGAAGCAAAAAGAAACUGUUUUCCCUUGUGUUUGGCAAGGCCAGCCGUGUCAAUUAUUACUUCACUACGAAGCUGGCUUUACGCUUCUGGAUGCCUCUGACCCACCCCAGCAAAUUUGGUCGUACCCUUUUGAAAGACUACGUUCGUCGUCUGAUGACGGAACAAGAUUAUUGUGGCUUGAUUUUGGUGCUGAGGACGAGCAGGAAUUGGAUAUGGAGAGUUGCCCAAAACCUCUGGUCUUCAAACUUCACAACUUCUUGUCAGCCAAGAUACACCGUCUUGGGCUUUAUGCGUAAUGGAUAAAUCAAAUUGAAUUAUUUAUAAGAGACUAAUAAUUUAAAGAGGCAAAACUUUAUACUGUUACAUCAUGAAUUUCAAGAUUUUAAUACUUAUGUACAUAAAUAAUACAAGUAUGAAGUUGUAUAUUAAUUUGUUAUUAUACAAUCGAGUCAUUUUUAUCUGGUAAAGCAUUAUAUUUGAUUGAGGUUUUUGUUAAUACCUGUAGUGCCCAAGAGUUAUUUAUUUCAACUGAUGCUUAUGAGUUAUAAAACUCCUUAUCUCUUGUAACCAGCUUUUUAACCUAAUGUCUGAAUCUCUUUAGUACUGUUAGUGCUUCCUUGUGUGAGAACACGUUUGAAUCACUUGUUUGGUAUUAAAGGAAAACGCAAGCAUUUUAACAGAAAAAGUAGCACCAAUUUUUAUGUGUCGGAAAAGUUGAAAUCUCUUAGAACUUUAUCAACAUAUUGUAUGGUAGAUAUUAAAGUACAUACAGUAUACUGUCAAUAUGCUGUGAGAGCACAAAAGUUGAAAAGUAAUAACUAACUUCU